GUGUGAUUACCUUUCCUAUAAUACUUAGGUGUACCUACUUAUUAUGUUGCCGUGAUAAUUACUUUGUUAAUUAUGAAGGAACUGUUAUUUUUUGUUCUAAUUUGUGCUUUAGCCAGUCCUUCAGAAGAAGCAAUAUUAUCAAGUGUGCCACCACUUCUAUUGGAUUGCUACCGCAGGGGAGGACCGGACCUAGCGGCACCCCAUAGACUUGAUGUCUUCCUAUCGCUUUUACGACGCCUGGAGCUAAGUUCACGACUAGACAUGCGAUUGUUUAGCACGACGUUGCUCAGAAGCCUCCGACUCGACGGCAUAGAGGAAUCUCCCAACACUAUCGAAUCGGAUUAUGUUCUACCGUUCAGAGCUUCAGCAUUCCAAUUCCAUAAGUAUAAACUGCUGAUGGAGGUGUUUUUGCCGAGCCAGCCGGACAUUCUGAACGUGGACGAAAGCCUUACGCUUAUCGAAAAAUGUUUACUCCAUAAAAUGCUAAGCUCCACGGUGCAGCCUUGGGAACGAGGCGAUGAAAACGAAGUUUGUCCUUUGUCAGCACAACGUCGACAGACUAUGACGCGACAAAGUGCGAACAGAAUUAAUAGCAGAUGUCCCAUAGAAGACGGAGUUAUUAAAACAGAAUGGGGCACCAUAUCGCCUGGAACCCUUGUUGCGGCACUCGCCUCAGCGUUAGAACCACAACAGGUGACUAUCAGCGAUAUUUUAAAGGCUGAUAUAUUCAAAGAGGAGAUUUCUCAGGCCAUGGUGGACUCAGCGAUGGAAGAUUGGUACACGGAGCACGAGGAAUUCGAUAUUGAUGAUCAAAGUAGUGACACAAAUAAUAAUAUCAGCAAUUUGUGGGUUGCUACACUGGCAGGUGAUUUAGCUGAAGUUGUUGUGAACCAGGGCCCGCUAGUGGGGGCUUCGGAGCAUCGCAUGUUGGUAGGAAGCAGCAACCGGUGGAAUGACACCCUUCUACCAAGAGAUUACUACCUCUUCCCACCAAAUGGAACCUUACCAAACUGGCACUUCACUGAUGCAGAGAUUUUAGCUGGUAUAGACGGUCUAAUAUUAGCAAAUUACUUGCCGACAUGGGUGGGACAAAGACGAUCUUUGGGCUUAUCACAAGUACUAGAUAUGUAUUACUCUAAUGAAGGAGUAUCAUUCAAUACUACAGUCCGGGCCUGCAACAGACACGCGUUGUACGCCAGCAUCGUCAACGGCUCCCAGUUGAUCAGGGAAACUUCCAGAUUCGCGCACAUGUUGUCCUUACAGCAAAUAACUGUCUAUAUUCCGAGAAAAGAGAUGGAAAGGAUGAGCGAAGCGGCUGCAACGGCUUUCAUGAAUUAUGUUCCAACAAUUCUAAGAAAUAAUCAUCAAGAGUGUCGAAUAACAUUCUCAGACGUUCCCUCAAUAGACUUGAUAGUAGCUACAGAUGGAUCUUGGACAGGCUAUGAAAUCGAGCAGUUUAUGUCAUGGAUUGGAAAUGCUUUAGAAGUGGAAGCUCAUAGCAGCACCAUUGCGUUACUCCAUGGGAACAAUGGGCGUUGGAUCGUCUCGCCCACCAGUAAUCUUACUAGUUUUUAUUCCACAAUCAGUAACUCGACCAUUGAAUGGCCAAACCGCCUCAACCUUCCAAAUGUUAUAUCACGGAUCAUUCAACACAGUCGGAAUAGCACUCUGGAAGAGAUUGCGGCAAUGGCUAGUGCGGGACACAGCACAGUUGUGCUUAUUAUCAGCCCAACCGACCGCCCUUCCUCUGAGGAGUUGGAGCAAUCAAGGGUAUUGAUGCAGUCGUUGCGGAGAAGUUUUUUUGACAUCUACUUCGCUUAUGUGGCACUGGAUACGACUGACUUUCAGAACGUCAAUAAUGAGUAUCUGGACUAUUCGGAGCUCUUUAUAACUGUUAAUUCCAAUGCCUUGGCCGACGUAAUUGACGCAAUUUAUACAAACUUAGUGAAAACAGAUAUUCCGUCAAGAAUAUUCGGCUCUCAAUGUGAAGUCAAUGGCACGGAAUUUAUGCAAGUACAGUACGAAGAUCACGUGCUCCCAGGUCGUAAACAAACCUAUCGUAUUCAUCCAUUUUAUUUAAAGCAACAACCUAUUAUCCAUGUUCAGUUCCGUAAUGAUGGUCAAGGGCAGAUUCUGGUGUGUAUGUGGCGAGGAGCAGAUGUGUCUCGCAUCUGUCAGACUAUCGUCGAACGGGAGACCUAUAUCGUCAACAUCACAGACCCAUGUCCUUCACCAGGCUUUUGCCCGCCAGCUCAUUUUAUUGCUACGACAAUAACAACAUCAAAUUUAUGUGCGCAUGACCAGUGUCGCCUCCCUCAUCAAGUAGGUUACUACAUACAACAUUCUGGCUUGCGUUGCCUGCCUCUCUUGGGUUCUGCGGCCUCAGUAUCGCCUUUUUGGAAAGCACACAUCGCACUUUCUCUUAUGGUCUCAUUAAUGUACUUAACUUAUUAA